CCCAAAAAUUUUGGGAUCCCCCAGUUCGGGAUCCCUCUGGAAUUGCGGCCUCCCUCCCCCUCCCUUCCCCAGAAUUUUUUGGGAUUUCCCAGAAAUUCGGGAUCUCGGACGUUUUUUGGAAUUUUUGGGGGGUUCCCCCUUCCCCCCCUUUUAAAUUUUGGUUCCUCCCAAAAAGAUUUUUCCCCCCCAUUCCCGGAAUUUUUUGGGUUCUCCCUUUGGAUUUGGAGACCCCAAAUUUUUUGGGGUCCCUCUGGAAUUUUUGGGGAUUUUUCUGUCAAUUUUGGGCUCCCCUGGGAUGAAAAUUUGGGUUUAAAUCUGAUUUUUUUCCGUUUUCCCUCGGGAAUUUUCCCCCCCAUUCCCGGAAUUUUUUGGGCUCUUCCUUUGGAUUUGGAGACCCCAAAUUUUUUUGGGAUCCCUCUGGAAUUUUUUGGGGAUUUUCCCGUCAAUUUUGGGCUCCCCUGGGAUGAAAAUUUGGGUUUAAAUCUGAUUUUUUUCCGUUUUCCCUCGGGAAUUUUCCCCCCCAUUCCCGGAAUUUUUUUGGGCUCUCCCUUUGGUUUUGGAGACCCCAAAUUUUUUGGGAUCCCUCUGGAAUUUUUUGGGGAUUUUUCCGUCAAUUUUGGGCUCCCCUGGGUUGGAAAUUUGGGUUUAAAUUUGAUUUUUUCCCCUUUUCCCACAGGAAUUUUCCCCCCAUUCCCGGAAUUUUUUGGGCUCUCCCUUUGGAUUUGGGGAUCCCGGAUUUUUUGGGGGGAUUUUGGGGAAUUUUGGGGGGAAUCCAUGACCAUCCACAACCUCUACAUCUUCGACCGGGGCGGCUCCUGCCUCUUCUACAGCGAAUGGCACCGGAGGAGACCCCCGGGAAUCCCCCAGGAGGAGGAAUUCAAGCUGAUGUUUGGGAUGCUUUUCUCGCUCCGCUCCUUCGUGGCCAAGAUGAGCCCCACGGACAUGCGGGACGGCUUCGUGUCGUUCCACACCAGCAAGUACCGGCUGCAUUACCUGGAGACGCCCUCGGGGCUGCGCCUGGUGCUCAACACCGACCUGGGCGUGCCCAGCGCCCGCGAGGCGCUGCAGCACAUCUACAGCAACCUUUUCGUGGAGUUGGUGGUGAAGAACCCCCUGUGCCCCCCCCGCGCCCCCGUGCAGAGCCUCCUGUUCCGGCAGCGCCUCGACGCCUUCGUCCGCAGCCUGCCCUACUUCGGGCCCCGAAAUCCCAACAACUGACCCCGAAAUCCCAAUAAAUGACCCCAAAAUCGGCAUCAGCGCCCCCAAAAACCCCAAAAUCCCAAUAAAGGACCUCAAAAUCCCUGUACAGA